UGGCGGACUGGGCGACUGCGGCGUCCGAAAUACGUUUCUACGAUCCACCCGCCAUAUAUAUUCUCAACGAUUCGUCUUUUUGAAGACCACGGAACGCAGGUUGAGUUUGCAGCGGUGGAGUGUUACCUGAAGUGAAGAUUGAAGACGUGAUAGAAGAUGGACGACUACUGCCAUGCUAAGAUGGCGACGUCCGCUAAAAGAGAACAUGAAAGAGAAUCAGCGCCACCAACUUCCAGCAAAUCACCAACGGAGAUAAAGACGAAAGAUGGAGAUAAAGUUGAGCGAGUUAAAGUUUCCAACAACGUAAUUUUGGAGACUAUCGUAAGCCCUGAAAAGAGCGUUGAUGAGAAAUUAGCCGAAUAUGUUGAAGAAUGUAAAGAAAGAGCCGCCAUGAUUGUUAGCUUGAAGAAGGCAGUGGAGUUCACAUCAGAGGAGAUGAAAGAAUGCAAAAGUCAAAUGAAGAAAGUGGAAGAGCAAAACAAGCGCUUGUGUAAAGAAAAUAAUGAUGUGAAAGAAGAGAUGUUGGGGAAGAGUAAGAGAUGUGAAGAGAAGACUGGACCACAUGUCUACAUCAACGCGCAGAGGAUUGGAGACGUCCAGCAGCUGAUCGGUAAUCCAGAAGAAGUUUCCCCUCAGUUAGGGAGGAGCUCCACUUUGAAGCAGGAGACUCCACAACCACCCUGCAUUAAAAAGGAAGAGGAGGAACUCUGCAUCACUCAGGAGGGAGAGUGUCUUCUAGGACGAGAGGAAGCUGAUUACACCAAGUUUCCACUGAGUAUUCUCUCUGUGAAGACUGAAGAUGAUGAAGAGAAACCACAAGUAGACAACCUCUUAGCUCCACUAUCAGAUAGUGAGGCUGAAGACGAGGUUGAAGAACCUUUGAGCAGCGAUAAAGACUGUGAAGGAACGAAGAUGCAGAGAUUCAGCACUCAACAAGCAUUGGAAAUGCUCCUUUCCAAUGUUAACCCUGUCGACUCGGAUGGAGAAGACAUCAAUCUUCAGGAGGAUUCAGACUCCGAGCUGUCUCAGUCAUCUUCAGAUGAGGAGACUGCUCCCCAACCAACAAAGAGAGCUCGGCUGGGGACUGAUGUGACAGAGACUGCGAAAGAUGGCACAGUAUGGCAUGAAGAACAGGUGGGAACGGGUCCACAUUUCACCCCGCCAUCGCCAUACAGCGCAGAUGGAGAGCCAACAGCUAAGGCCAGGAGGUCAAUCACAAGUCGUCUUCAGAGCUUCCUGUGUUUCAUCACUCUGGACAUGCUUGGCAUCAUUCGAGACUGUACAGUUCAACAUGCAAAGCAAACGGAGCAUGUGGAUUGGUUCAUGGGCCUCCCUGAACUAAUGGCAUUUAUUUCCAUCACCAUGAUGCGGGGAAUCAUCAGGGUGCCAUCACUGCGUGACUGCUGGUCGAAAAACCUGGGAAGCCCACAGAUCAUCGAAACCAUGUCCCGAGGGCGUUUCCAAAACAUCAUGCAUCACCUGCGCUUUGAUGACAGAGACACCCGCAGCGAGCGAGCACAGACCGAUAAGUUUGCUGCAAUUUCAAACAUAUGGGGAUUGUUUGCCACCAACUGCAUCACAUCCUACAUCCCUGGUCAACACAUCACCAUCGACGAACAACUUUUCCCGUCCAAGACUCGCUGCUGUUUCCUACAGUACAUUGCAUCUAAACCAGACAAGUUUGGGAUCAAGUUCUGGGUGGCGUGUGACUUGAAAACCAAAUACGUCUGCAACAUCCUCCCAUAUCUUGGCAAGGACGACACUCGGCCUCGUGGGGAGAGAGUGUCUGAGAGUGUAGUCAUGAGGCUGAUGGAACCAUUCUUGGACAAGGGCAGAAAUGUUACCACGGACAAUUUCUUUACAUCACUGUCACUUGCAAAACGACUACUUAGCCGGAAUACAACCAUCCUCGGCACAGUCAACAAGAUUCGCAAAGAAAUUCCACCGUCAACUCGACAGAUGUACCGCGAUGAAUUUACCACCCAGGUAUUUUCAACCACUGGUGCCACACUGACGGUGUAUGCGCCCAAGCGGAGGAAGACUGUAUAUGUUCUCAGCAGCAUGCACAGCACCAUUCAGACACAGGAUACCACCAAAAAGAAGCCAAACACCAUCACACAGUACAACACAACAAAGUGCGGCGUCGAUGUCAUGGACCAGAUGGUGCGGGGGUACACUGUCCGCGCAGGAACACGGCGCUGGCCAGUAGCAGUGUUCUAUAACAUGAUUGAUAUUGCAGCACUGAAUGCCCACGUGCUCUAUCAAUUAUGCACCGGGAGGCAGGAGAGACGGGUGGAUUUCCUGCUGGAACUUGCAAAAGAGUUGGCUCACUCCCACGUGGGUAUGAAAGAGGCCCAAAAGGAACAAUUAUUUCGGCAACAACGCUCCACACCACAACUAGGAAAAAGAGCCAAGUGUCAGGCUAAAAUCCAAUGCAAGGACAAUCGUGCAACUGUGCGCUGUGUUGACUGCUACCGUUAUACAUGUGGGAAAUGCCGAAAGGAGCAAUGGCAGUGCCAGGAUUGUGAGUGACUGCUCAAAUGUAUGUCAGUCACGUUUACAUGGACAUGGUUUUUCAUUCUUUGUAAAUAUGCUUUUUUCUUUUUAAAUUUUUUUUUUUAAACUAUUUUUGGCACACAAAAAUAACAAUUGCUUCUGCAACAACCCUCCACACCAAAACUGGGAAAACAGUUGCUUUUUCAUUCUUUGUAAAUAUGUUUUGUUUUGUAUUUUUUUUAACAAUAAAUGUCAGAGUGUUGAUCCCUU